GAGACUCCUCUUUCCCCAUGUGCUGGGGGACAACUGAAGAGUAAAAGUAGCUUGGGAAUCUCCUGUAUUCUUUCUAGGUGAUUGCUAGGCCUGUUUGUGAUUACUUUCCUCCAUGCAUCAUGUGUGGAGCUGUCUCGCUCAGUAAGCGUGUGCAGAUUGCAGCACCGAGGUGGGUCCUGCUGGUUGAAUGACCCUGUAGAUUAGGUUCUGCAUAUAAGUUAAAACCUUUCCUGUUGCUGGUUCCUGUUGCUGCAGUUGACAACAGAGCAAGACUGGCAGUGUUCAAGUUUGAACAUAGUUUGGGGGCAACAAUAUAGCCUGUGAACUAAGUAAGCUUCCUCGCAUCCCUCAGGCCUCACAAAUGAGGAAACGUUUUUGCGGUUUAGGAGGUUGGAUUCUUGGCAACUGAUGGGAAAGAAUGGGUGUGAACGGUAAGUGCUGCAGGAGGCACGCUGAACAAAACCGUUCCAUGGGAAAGCAGUUCCCGGAAGGAGGCAUGUCCUUUGGCUCUGAGAGUAGAGGCCAGUUUUACCUGACAGAUAAAGAGCUCUCAAAAGCGGCUGUGCCUUCCCUGAGAGCACAAUCUAGGUUUUGAAAGUACAACUUACAGAGGCUGAUAGCUUAGAAGAUAUCUCCCUGUUUGGUCGUGAGAUGCACUGUUUACAAGGGAGAAGUUCAUUUCUAUCAUUUCCAAAACUACGUAGUAUAUUUUGGAGGCUUCAUCAUACAACAGCAUCACGAGCAUGCAGCUGUAGCAAAACGGUUAGCGAUGAAAAAUAUCAGGACCCUUUUAAACUUGGUAGGAAAGACUUGAAGAAUCUCUAUGAGGAUAUUAAAAAGGAACUACUUGUAUGUACAGCAGAACUUAGGGAAAUGUGUGAAUAUUACUUUGAUGGAAGAGGGAAAGCCUUUCGACCAAUGAUUGUGGUGCUAAUGGCAAGGGCAUGCAACAUUCAUUACAAUAACUCCAAGAAGUUCACUUUAUUGUGGCUGCUGAAAGGAAAAUGGGAAGUACAAGCAAGCCAACGCUCUGUGGCCAUAAUUACAGAGAUGAUUCACACUGCUAGUCUAGUUCAUGAUGAUGUUAUUGAUGAAGCAAAUUCUCGGCGAGGAAAAAUGACAGUUAAUCAAAUCUGGGGAGAGAGAAAGGCUGUUCUAGCUGGUGAUUUCAUCCUGUCUGCAGCUUCUUUAGCUUUAGCACGGAUAGGAAACACUAAUAUUGUAUCUGUUUUAACUCAGGUGAUUGAAGAUUUGGUGCGUGGUGAAUUCCUUCAGCUGGGCUCCAAAGAAAAUGAAAAUGAGAGAUUUGCUCACUACCUCGAGAAGACAUUUAAGAAGACUGCAAGUCUUAUAGCGAACAGUUGUAAAGCAGUUUCCAUUCUGGGCUGCCCUGAUCCAAAAGUUCAUGAGAUUGCAUAUCAAUAUGGAAAAAAUGUUGGCAUAGCUUUUCAGCUAAUAGAUGAUGUGCUGGAUUUUACAUCGUGUGCUGACCAGAUGGGGAAGCCAACAGCAGCAGAUCUCAAGCUUGGAUUGGCCACAGGCCCAGUUUUAUUUGCUUGCCGACAGUUUCCAGAAAUUAAUGCUAUGAUAAUGAGGAGAUUCAGUUUGCCAGGAGAUGUUGAACGUGCACGGGAAUAUGUACUCCAGAGUGACGGUGUGCAGCAGACAAACUACCUCGCUCAACGCUACUGUCAUGAAGCAAUGAAAGAGAUCAGUAAACUGCGACCAUCCCCUGAAAGAGAUGCCCUCAUUCAGCUCACAGAAAUGGUACUUACCAGAGACAAGUGACAAACUCCUUCCACUAGUUCUGGCGGCAGCUAUGUACCAGACGGUGCCUACAUUUCUUUUUGGAACAUUGUGGUUUGCUUCCAGUGCAGGUUACCAAAAAUUUUUUUUUUUAAAAAGGAAAAAGAAAGCCCCCACUGGAGUUGCACUUUUUUAAAAAAAAAAAGUUGAUGUUUUAUUGAAGGAAGCCAUACACCUGUGAAAUCAAUCAAUCCAUUUAUUAAAUUCUAUUCAUGCUGUAUAAUGUUUUAAUGAAGACUUUGAUGUUGUGUGGGGCAUUGUUUACACUUAAUGUUAAUGCACAAGGCCACAAUAAAAAUAAAUAUAAUCAGUGUAUUAAAAUGAA